AUCUUUGGUUUAACUUUUAAGUUAACCGUCUCUUGGUUUGCCUUUCCAAGUUUCCAUUGUCAUUUCAAUUUUAAAGAGUCAAUCAAUCAAAAGGAAGAAAAAUGUAAAGAGUUACUAAUACUCCUACUAAGUUGAGUUGAGUUGAGUGUAAAGAGUUUGAGUUAGAGAUAUAGAAGUAGCAGCCCAGAAAAGAAAUGGGGGUUCCUGCUUUUUACAGAUGGCUGGUUGAUAAAUAUCCCAAAAUUGUUGUAAAUGAUCAUCUUAAUUGUGUUCACCCUUUGGAGUUUGACAAUUUAUAUCUGGACAUGAAUAAUAUCAUCCAUCCUUGUUUUCAUCCUGAUCAUAAUACUAUAUCUCCUCCAACAACAUUUGAUCAAGUGUUUCAAAAUAUAUAUGCCUACAUAGAUCGGUUAAUCAGAAUUGUAAGGCCCCGGAAGUUGCUCUAUCUUGCAAUUGAUGGUGUUGCACCAAGGGCUAAGAUGAAUCAACAAAGGUCUCGGCGUUUUAGGACUGCAAAAGAUAAUGAAGUUGCUGAUGAAGAAGAAAAGAGGCUUAGGGAAGAGUUUGAAAGGAAGGGCAAAAAAUUGCUUCCUAAGUUAGAAUCUCAAGUAUCUGAUUCUAAUGUAAUCACUCCUGGAACUGAAUUUAUGCAUCAGCUGUCUAAGGCUUUAAUACUUUAUAUUCAUCAAAAGCUUAAGAAUGAUCCUCUUUGGUCCCAACUUCAGGUUAUUCUAUCUGAUGCUACUGUUCCUGGAGAAGGAGAACACAAAAUUAUUUCAUUUAUUCGUAGCAAACGUAGCAUUGCAGGCUAUGAUCUGAAUACUAGACAUUGUCUAUAUGGCCUGGAUGCAGACCUUAUUAUGCUAGCAUUAGCCACACAUGAACUGCAUUUUUCCAUAUUAAGAGAGGACGUGCUUCAAGUGCCAGAAGAGGUGUCUAUUUCUGAAUCAACACUUGUUUCAAACAUUCAGAAUGCUGCAGAGAAUAUCUUGAUCAAAUCUGUAGAAGAUAAGCCAAAACCAUACUUUGAUAUUGCUGAGAGAGAACUAUCUUCCCCGCUGCCACCACAGAAGUAUCAAUUUUUGCAUAUUUGGAUCUUGAGGGAGUAUUUGGAGCUCGAUAUGCAGAUAAUUGAUCCACCCGAUAAGUUUGAAUUUGAUAUAGAGAGGAUAGUUGACGACUUCAUUUUCAUAUGUUUUUUUGUUGGCAAUGAUUUCUUGCCUCACAUGCCUACCUUGGAAAUACAUGAGAAUGCCAUAGACUUGCUCAUGUAUGUCUACAAGAAAAAAUUUAAAAGUAUUGGCGGAUAUUUGGUGGAUGCACAGAGAGUAAAUGACCAUAAUGCUGGUUACAUUAAUCUAAAAAGAGUUGAGAAGUUCAUUCUAUCUGUUGGAUGUUUCGAGGAAACGAUCUUCAAGAAAAGAACUGAAAUGAGGGAACGAAAACUAAGAAGGAUAGUGUCAGAAUUGAUUUCAGAAGCAGAUGAGGCAGAUCAUGAUGGUUUUGAGCUGAGUUUAAUGGAUUCUAAGGAUCAUGAAACUGGAAAUGCUCAGAAGAAUAGCUCAAGUAGCUCAGAUAUUGAGGAAAUGUUAAAAAAUACCAAGGCGCUGAAUGAAAAACUGAAGCUGUCCAUUCGUCAUAAAUCUGAUAUGUUCAAGUACGGAAAUUUGGGAUGCGAUAAGGUCAAGCUUGGCUCUGUGGGAUGGAAGCAGAGAUAUUAUAAAGAGAAGUUUGCAGUGGAGGAUCCCAAGGAAGUAGAGAGCAUGAGAAAGGAAAUUGUUCAGAAGUACACAGAAGGACUAUGUUGGGUCUUUCUGUACUAUUUUUCUACUAUACCAUCAUGGAAUUGGUACUAUCCUUACUAUUAUGGACCUUUUGCUUCGGAUUUGAGGGGUUUGGCUGGUGUUAAAGUGGAAUUUCAAAAGGAUAUGCCCUUUAGGCCAUUUGACCAACUAAUGGCUGUGCUUCCGCCAAAAAGUGCACAUGCUCUUCCAAGAGUCUUCAGAGAAUUAAUGACAGACAGCAAUUCUGAUAUCAUUGAGUUUUAUCCUUCUGAUUUUGAUGUUGAUGUCGAUGGUAAAAGAUUUCUCUGGCAGGGAAUUUGUAAGCUUCCGUUUAUAGAACAGGAAAAGCUGUUGAGUGCAACCAAACCGUUGGAGCAGAAAGUAGAGGAAUGGGAAGCUAAAAGAAACAUUUCAUCUACUGAUAAGCUGUUUAUAGGAGCUUCCAAUAGCACCGAGAUAGAGUAUAGGGAUUAUUUACGUAAGCAUACAGAAGUUGAAGACGGAAUUAUCACCGAGAUAGAGUAUAGGGAUUAUUUACGUAAGCAUACAGAAGUUGAAGACGGAAUUAUGUGCUUCCAUUUUGAGUUGCCUGUAGUACAAACUCCUGUACCUCGACUGCUGGAAGGGAUUGAACUUCCUGAAAAGACAAUACUUGAAAGCGAUAUUAUGGAGACAAUGCUUUGGCAUGAAUACAGGGGCAGACCACCAAUUACUAGGGCUAUAUCAGUUGGUGUUAGGAAAGACAAGGCAGUAAACGAAGCCUCUACAUUCAGACAAGCUGGCCAGGUUGGCUUUGAAUCUUCCGGUAGAAGAAAAGGAAUCCCUUUAAGUUCGUACCGGCCUCAUAAUGCUAUGAAUCAAAGGCAUCACAAUCAUUUCGGGAACAUGAAUUCUACAUCAACUUGUCCUCAAAGUGUUGAUAGAGGUUUACAGAAUAUGAGAAUAUCACCUCAUAAUGCAAAUAGAUCAUAUGACAGUGCGUAUAACAGAGACACGCAAAAUUGCACUGUACAACAAGAAAACACUUGGCGACUAGUUUCCCAUUCAAGGAAUGCUGUUUCUAGUCAAGGCAGUGUGGGAUGUACACCGCAGUUUAGGCCUCAUAAUGCAAAUACACAUCAGUUCUUGGGCCGGGGAAGAGGAAGAGUCGGAAGGGGAAGAGGAAGAGGCAGAGCUGGGCCACGGCCCCAAAUGUAUAGCCAUUAUCCUUGAUCUUACGGCUGGUUUGUCAAUCAUAUGUUACACCUAAAUUUUUGGAUUCACCGUGUUACCCCUUUUUGCUGCUUAUAUGCUCAUUAAUUUUUGGGGGUUUGCUAACUAACAAUAUACCUAAGCCCUUAUAUCAAUUGUGGUGGUCGUGGAAUGUUAUAAUGUGGUAAGGGGAAUGAUUACUAGAAUUAUCAUACUUUUGAGUUUUGACUAGGAAAUAUGUGUUGAUUACCAUUUUUUAUGCCUUAUUUAAAACACACUGGUUGGGGGCCGAGUGCUAAGCAUGCGGUCCGUCAAAUUACACUAUUGAAUUUUGUUCCGGUUGUGGAGAGAACAAUCAACAUUCUCAACAAAGAUGAAGAGAAUGCCUUUUAAGGUUCACUGUGUAUAUGAACUAUUGGGGAGGUCUGAGUUGUUUUUUCGACUGUUUCACUGUGUUUUCCAACACAAGUUAGCAAAUGAGGGCCGGGGAUUCUCCUCCGAUGAUUAAGUCAGCAAGGGUUUUGAGAUGAUUACUGAUAAAGUUUAUAAGGAAUUAGAGCUGUUUUUGUACGAGAGAAUGAUACUUGGGUUUCAGUGUAAAAGUUACGUUAUUAUUGAUGAUGCAUGACACUGUAUAUAUAGUGGUGGGCUUUAGGAGAGGUUUUCAAAACUCUAAUGGCAGUUUAAGCUUUAACCUUAAUUGGAAUCUUGGGAUUAGUGGAGAGAGAAAUAGAAUAUUUUGUAAGCCUAUGAGGCAUUUGGUGAUUUGCUAAUCCUUAUACCCUGGUCUCCACUCUCUGUCUUUUAGUACACCUACAUGGUGCCUUGCCUUAUACAAGUAUUGACAACUAGUCUAAGCAUAAUUGUAGUUGCUUCCUGCCACAUUAUCGUUUCCGUUGUCAUCAUUCUGCAUAAUCAAUCAUUCUGCAGGUAUUCAUGUUCUUCAUUUUCUGCCAAAGUCCUUUUGAUAUGACCCUACUGCUUCUGUGAGUCUUGUAGUCUUGAGUCUUAGCUGAGGAGUAGGUUUAAUCCUCCAGGGAGCUAAGUCGUCCUUCCCAAGGAGCCUGGACUUUUGAAGGGGUUCUAGUUUCUUUGUCCUGUCCUUCGUUUAUGGUAGUGAUUGGGGUUUCUCCUCUUUCAGAGUCUUGGGACUAAGAGUCAUGUUUCAGCACAUACAAAUUUAAUAUUGAUAUUUUAUUCAUUUUUAUUGUCUACAAUACAAAUAAUAGGUUGUAAGUCGUAAAACAUAAUAUUGAACACGCAAAUUCGCUAUAAUUUUAUUUGAAGGUAGAGGACAUUGCCAUAAGAAUCAACUCGAAAUAUAACCGGAUUAAAACCAGCAUUCCUACAUAAUUAC